AUGUCAUCUUCGAUCAAGAACCUGGCUACGGCCUCCAUCCUCCUCCUUCUCGCCUCGGCUACCAACGCUCACAUGAUCAUGAAGUCUCCUGUCCCUUAUGGCAAGAGCUCCCUCAACAACUCACCGCUUCUUGCUGACGGCUCUGACUUUCCUUGCAAACAACGCGCUGGAGUCUAUGAUGCCGAAGGUGCUCAGAACAUCGCAGCCAUUGGCGAACCUCAGACCUUGAGCUUUACUGGAUCCGCUGUUCACGGCGGUGGCUCUUGUCAAGUCAGUCUGACGACAGAUCUACAGCCUACCAAAGACUCCAAAUGGAUGGUCAUCAAGUCUAUUGAAGGUGGAUGCCCUGCAAACGUGCCUGGAAACCUUCCUGCAGACCCCAACGGAGACGGCGCUUCUACCUUCCAAUUUACUGUUCCAGACGGCAUUGCUCCCGGUGACUACACGCUGGCUUGGUCAUGGCUCAACAAGGUUGGAAACAGAGAGUAUUACAUGAACUGCGCACCGUUCACCGUUACCGCGUCGAAGAAGGCGAAGCGGGAGGAAGCAGCAGAACCGGCAAAGACUCCACAGAUGUCAAAGCGCCAGAACAGUUUCCCCGACUUGUAUAUUUGUAAUCUCGCUUCUAUCAACGAUUGCGUUACCCCUGAAGGAUUUGACUACGAGUAUCCAAACCCGGGCGCAUACGUUCAGAAGGCCGGUGCGGGACCCUACACCCUGCUCCCUGGUUCAGGCGGCUCGGGCAAUAAUCCAGCUCCUUCGCAAGUACCCUCAUCGUCACCAGAAGAAACUUCCCAACCAAGCGCGCAGCCAAGUUCGCCUUCAGGUUUACCGAUCGCUUCUAGCCAGCCCGUGCCUCCUCAAUCGGCACCACCAGCAGGCAGUUACCCGGUACCGACGACGUUCGCCACGGCAACUUCGAGACCAGCAUCUCCAGGCAUCUUCGUGCCCGUGACUAGCGCUGCAGCUGCCGGAUCAGCCAGCCAGCAAGCCCCAGAGGCCGCUCCCACCACCCCCACUCAACAACCAGCGCCUGAAACAUCCGGGUCUGAGCCAGGAACUCAAUCCGGCCCUUGCUCGGUCGAAGGCCAAUGGAGUUGUUCUGCGGAUGGCAGUUCAUUCCAGCGAUGCAGCAGCGGUCAAUGGAGUGUCACGAUGGAGAUGGCAGCAGGCAUGAAAUGUACCCCCGGUCUUUCGACCGACUUGGGCAUGACCGCAGGACGGCUGAGACGUCACAUGUCAUUCAUGAAGAAGAUCUGA